GCUGCGGUGACUAUGCCGCUGUUCAGUCAAAGCGUUGGCUAUGGCAUGGUCAUCGGAGUUGGAGCAGCAUUCGCCGUUCUCAUGGGUGGUGUAUCUUGGGUACUAUCCAAGUUUAUGCUCGAGGUGCAAGACUCUGAGAUGAUGAUGACUGCGAAGCGUUCCAUCAAGACUGGCUUGGUCGCAUCUGCCGUUGUCAGCUCUUGGACGAUAGGUUCGACUCUGCUUCUGUCCUCUACUUCGGCUUAUAGCUGGGGCGUGAGUGGGCCCUGGUGGUACGGAGGCGGCGCUUGUGUCCAGAUCAUUCUUUUCGCCACAGCGGCUAUCGAGCUCAAGCGAAUUGCACCAAAUGCGCACACCUUUCAAGAACUCGUGCGGGUGCGCUAUGGGAAGACGACGCACUUGCUAAUGUGCACGUACAGUUUCAUUCAGCAGAUCACGUACUCGGCCAAUUUGCUCAUCAACGGAAGCUCUGUGUUCUCUACCCUGACUGGAAUGAAUCGAGAUGCCGCCAUCGUUCUCUUCCCUAUUGGAGUCAUUUGUUAUACCUUGAUCGGAGGUAUAAAGGCGACCAUCCUUACUGACUGGACCCAUACCUUGAUCAUCUAUGUACUGAUGUUGAUGUUUCUCUUCACCACCUAUGCGACGAGUGACAUCAUCGGGAGCCCUGGUAGAAUGUGGGACCUCCUCCAGGAGGCGGGCCGCCUUAAUCCUAUAGCGGGCAAUUAUGAAGGAUCGUUUACGACAAUGUCCUCUCGGCAAGGCGGCCUUUUUGGCCUCGUUCUGUUUGGCGCUGGUUGGGCAGCUAGUGUCGACUCCCAGUUAUUCCAAAAGGCCAUCGCGAGCAACCCCGCUUCCGCAUUGGGUGGGUAUGUUCUGGGUGGCAUCUGCUGGUUUACGAUACCCUUCUGUCUGGCCACCACACUCGGGCUGGCCUGUGCCGCCAUGGAGCAUCUUCCCGUUUUCCCAACUUAUCCCAACCGAAUGUCAGCUGCCGAGGUGGGCGCGGGACUUGUAAUGCCGUACGCCGCCAUCACUCUCCUUGGCAAGACCGGCGGAGGGGCUGUUCUUACCAUGAUAUUCAUGGCCGUCACUGCCGCGUUCUCCUCAGAAACUGUGGCCGUCUCCGCACUGUACACGUACGAUAUCUAUCAAGCCUACAUAAACCCGUCAGCCAAUGGCAAAACCCUCGUCAGAGUUGGCCACGCCUCCGUGGUGGGCUUUGGUGUUAUAACCAUCGCGUUGGCCAUCGGUCUUGCUCACGCUGGAUUCGACGUCGGUUUCAUCACGACCGUAUCCGGAGUAGUUGUCGAUGUGUGCAUUGUUCCCAUGGCGGGGACACUGUUUUGGAAGAAACAAAGCAAAUGGGCAUUCAUUUUUGGAACAACACUUAGUACGUGCGCGGCACUGGCUAUUUGGAUAGGCUACACGCACGUGCAGUCCGGAGUGGUCAACUUGACCACUUUGGGGACGAACGAAGCUUUGGCCGCCGGUAAUAUCUCGGCCAUCGGCAUACCACUUCUGCUGGUCCCCAUCAUCACCUUCCUGAAGCCAGAUAAUUUCGACUUUGCCACAUUCAAGCAGAUCCAAAAAGUCGACGACUCGUCGUACGACGAAACCCAUGGCCUGUCUCAUGCCGAAGCGGAGAAGGCAGAACUGGCAUUGACCACGCACCUUAGCGAUGGCCAGUUGUGGAGAUCACGAAACAUUGCGGCUGCAGUCAGCCUUGUCUUUGUUUUGUUUUAUCUAGUGCUGUUCCCCCUUCCCCUCUAUGGAACGAACUAUGUCUUUUCCCGAGAGUUUUUCACGGGUUGGAUUGUUGUUGCAUUCUUAUGGGCCUGGUUCGCGGCAAUCGUCAUCAUCUGUCUCCCACUCGUUGAAGGCAGAAAAGCGCUCUCCUCGCUUUUCAGUAAGCUAAUCGCCUACGUCAACCAGCGAGGAUCCAUCUCCCAAGAUGAAAUGCGUCGUACUGCCGAAGGAGCAGCGGAAUAUUCCAUCGGAAAAGAUGACCAAGGAAGCCUGAAGAACAACGAUGCUGUAGAGGUGAUCAGGCAAGUCAGCGAACCAUAG